AUGAGUUCCCGAGCUUCAAGAUGUGCACGGCAAGGAAAGCGAAUGCUAGUAUAUUUUCAGGCAGACAAUGCAACUGCCAUAAUGAAAACUAGCGAGGCAAAAUCAGUUGUCAGUGGAGGCAAACUUGAAGAGGGGGCAUUGGUGUUGGUCGAAUUUGACAAGAUCGAUUUCGAAGGCUUAGUGGUUAAACUUCAUGGUAAGUAAAGUAUUUAAUUUAAUAAUAGCGGCAACAAGGUUUUAGUAUUUAUAUGAUCUUGAAGUAUCAGCUUCUAUUUGCUUAAUAAGAUAAUUUGUUUACUCUUUUUAAUAGACGAUCCAUGUGUGCUGAGCGAGUACGAAACCGAAUUUUUCGAGUCAAACAGGCAGAUGAACAAGGAAAACCGUGAACCUGCGGCCAAGCGAGCAAAGAUCAAUAAACAAACACAACCGGCAGCGACGAUGAAUUCCGAAGAAAACAUGGUGAGGUUUUAUAUAUCGUGGUAAAACAUAACGACAGUGUUACGGGCAGUUUUGUAAGGGAAAAUUUUAUAUACAUUUAUAAAUAGACCCAUUACAACUCGCACGAUGUGUGAAGUAAUUAAAUCUGGAGGUGUUCGUUACCAUGGCACAGCUGAGCCAGGUGUAGGUUCUGUUGACAGACGCAUGUGUACAAAUUGCGUUAAUGAGCAAGCUGAUUUGAUAUUCUAUACCUCUCGAACCUCUAAUAUUAAUAUUUAAAAAUGCAAAUAGUUAAAAUCUAACAAUUAUUAAAUGAAUAUAUAAUGAAGUUAGAUGUCAACACUAACAGAUCGUUUUCAUCUGACGUCACGACGGCCAUAUUGGUGUACCAAAACAAUGAAAUGGCGGCCAUAUUGGUGUACGGUGAUCGCUAGAUAGUAUACUUCAAAAUAAGGUUUCCGUUUUUAUAACGUAGAAAAAACUAUCCUAACGCAAAACUAAACCCUAAUCCUAAUACUAAUACUAACCCUCACCCUAACCCUAACCUAACCCUAACCUAAACCCUAACCUAACCCUAACUUAUUUUAAUUAUUUUAAAAAUUGAUAUUAAUACGGAAACCUUAUUUUGAAGUAUACUAUCUAGCAAUUGCCAUUGGUGUACGGUAUGGGAAUUAGCUCUUUCUUAUUCAAAUAUUUCGUAUUGUUUCACCACCCCACUGGGGCCACCGAUCACGUGAGUGAAAACGAUCUAUACCAAUGGCAAAGGCUGUAUAUGCGCUAUAUCGCGCCAAAUUCAAUUGCGCGAACAAGUAUGGCUGACAUGGUGCGUUUGUGUAAUGCACGACCAAACUAACAUCACACUCGAUUUGUUUGCAAUGAAGCAAUGUCAUCGAUUAUUUGCUAGAACUCUUGAUCCAAAGACAAAUUGGUACGCAUUCAAUGACUCUUUGCACGGCUAUACCAACCGAAUCGAAACCAGCAACAGAAUAUUGCGUUCAAGAAAUUGGCGGGAGAUAUGUUCGCCGGAUAACUCAAGCUCGAAGGUGUUUGCGAUUCCAGUCUCGCACCAUUCAAUUGGUCCGAUUCUGGUACAAGCAAUGGCGCUAACGGAAAAAAGCAACUUGAUUCAAAAUUGCUUAGCCAAGGGCCAUUCACGCAUAUCCAACGCAUAGUUAGUGCAAUCGCAAUUGAUAUAUAUAUAUACAUAUAUAUAAGCGCUAUAGUUUACAACAGUCCUGAGAAAUUACAACCAUGGUCCAACGGCAACGUGUUGGUAAGUUGGUUUGACAAAAACUGGCAGCGAAUUUGAUAAGACAGUUUAUACUUUACAUUUAUUUUACAAUACUCGCCUAUAUUGCUAUUUUUAUGUUUAUUCACUCUGUAAUCCAAAUCGGUUUCUGUAUUCUGUGUCCUCACACAUAUGCCAACCCAAAUCCCUGCUGUCGAGUCCAUGAAGGACGAAAUGCCGCAUACAUGGAUACUGAAUUUUACAGACACAAUUAUCUCAUUUUAUGUCACAAUUAAUAGUCCCUAAAUGCUGGAUCAAAAAGUAUAGUGUGAAAUAUGAUGUGAUGGCCUGGUGUUGUUGGCACAAUGUAUGACUAAAAGUUAUGUUGUAUAUUUGAUGAAACUAAGGAUAACAAAUGAAAAACAACGGCUUGUUAUUUGCAUAAAUGUGAACCUAUAUAAGAAAAUAAGUACAUGUGUAGAUUUAUGAAACAUAAAAUUGGAGAGGCGUGUAUUAAAAUUGUAACGGAAAAAUAUAUCCUAUCCUGAGGUGUAAAAAAAUAUGAUCCGAUCCUAAGGGUAUGAUCACGCUGUACUAAAAAGCUUGUAUUUGGAGCCGGGCAUGUAAAAAUAAACGAGAGAAUUAUAAUUAUUACUAGGACACCAAUUACUCAAUAUGCCGUACUCAGUCAAUUAUAUAGAUGUAUAGCUACAUGUAUAACUACUGAUAUAAGUAUAAGUAGCUAUAUUCAGCAUUCACGGCUAACAAAUUGGUUUUUAUAUUGCAUGUAUCCAAGCAUGUAUUGUGCUAGACCUAUAUACUAGUACUACAGCAUAACUACCGUAUUUUACGACUCGUGUUUUUUAUGCGCAUAUAUUCUCUCAGUAUAAAAGAAAUAUGUGCCAUAUUUUGCUGGCAGGUUAUGAAGAUGUGCCAUCUUUACUUAACCAGUGGAAGCUAUGUAGAACGUCUUCAAAUUAUUAAAAUGAAAACAUAUAUUAUUUGGUAUACAGUGUAUACUGUAUAAUACAGUAGAGCUAUAGCUACUUCACAUAUCGUUUGACAUUUGACAAUCGCAACGGGGUAUUUUAUUCUGCGAGUUAUUUUAGUAUCAAUUUUAUAAUCAUUUGGCCCCCUUGUGAACAACCUUGUAAUCAAAUAUCAUUGCGUUAUGCAUGAAAAAUAAUAUUCAACUUCUCCCUCACAUCAUUUUUGCUUGAUUGAUGACAGUCUAUGGUGUUCUGCAGUUGCAGGCAAAGUGUUGGCGAGGCCUAAACUCACAGCGUGAUCCGCACUAUAUAAGUGCGGUUCACGCUGUGAUUUUUUUCGUGCGGGUUGUAAUGAACCAGGAACAGUUGCGAAAAAUGCAACUACAGGUUCCUGGCAGGAAUCGAACCUGUGUCCCUGCGAUCCCGGGGCAGUGCUCUAACCAACUGAGCUGCUGAGUCCCGUUGCUGAGCUCUAACCACAAGUUCAUGUAUAUAUAACUAUUAGGGUACUGCCAUGUUAGCCAAGUUACCCCUAGCAUUUUCCCUUUGACCAUAAAAUUGUGUUGACCAGUAAUAUCAUCAUAGCAUUGUUACAUGAUGGUCUACGAAUCCCAGACAAUUUUAAGUGUGUACUCUUCCUAAUGUUUCUAAUUGCAUUUAUGACUUAGACUAUUCUCCAUAUCAAGAAGUUGGGUUCUUGCAACUGGGCCUUUUUAAUGAGUACCUAGUCAUGUAUAAACUAUAUAUAUACUGAUUAUUAAACUACCUGCUAAUAUGUCUUACACUCAAGCGAGUUCUAAAACAUUGAGUGGUAAUGUGCCCAACUUCAUAGACAGAUUUUCGGGGGGGGGGGGAGUUCAGGGGAGUGCUACACCCUUCCCUCCAAAAAAAUUUCACACACACCCCCCACAAACUUAAAUAGUCUACUCCAAUGUGCAGAAUGUUGAUGUUACAAAAUCAACAUAUUGGGUACACUCGAACAGAAAAACUGCAAAACUGUGAAACUAAUUGCUCCUUGCUUGCAUGCAUUGGUUUAUUGGAGCAAUUGUAAAGUUUUGAAACUUUAUUAUCUCCCCUGAAUAGAGUUUGCAGUGCCUUGUGAUGCCAAUAGCUUGCACGCAAGGAACCUUUGGAAUUUUUACGAACAUUAUUUAUAUCUUUUAGGAAAAGGAAAUAGACUUUCCUAGAUUUAAUCUUUACACCCCAAAUAUUAUUUACAUCAAAGUUGCAUCAUAAAUUGUACUCAAAUUCAAACAACACAAUGUCAAUGACUUUAUAAAAGUAAAAGCGUAUUUUCUAUUGGCCUAUUGGGUUUACACUUUUACAGGUUCAUUCAACUUUAAGUCUUAAACUCUAUAUAAUAUUUUAUAUAUAUAUAUAUAUAUAGAGAGAGAGAGUUAAAGACUUAAAGUUAAAUGAACCCUUAAGAUUAAUGUUUCACAGUGCUACUGCAUGCUGCACCAUUGCAAUUAUGUGUAAAAUCGCAAUUAAUGAUUUUCUUUUCAAUUUAGAUUGAACAACAAAUGACUCCGCUUAGAACCCAAAGCUCUAACCAGCAACACACAGAAACAGGGAAACAAAAAAAGACAAAAGAAAUAACGGUGAGAUUUAUAUUGACAAUAAUUGACUAA